AUGAGAUGGAUGUGCAUGGAAGAGAGCACCAUCCAUGGCGCCAUAGCUUUCCGUUUUGAUGAGACAUUGCCUAUAAAUUCAUUCUCUCCUUCAACCUUCCAUCUCGCACAAUCAGAGCACAGUGGCAGAGAGAAACGCCAUAGCUUUUCUUCUCUUCCGCUAAACGUAAUUCCGUUUAGCCCUUUUUUUCGUUUCUCUCUUGCUUGUUUCUGCUACUUUCCGUCUCCUCUCUCUCUCUCUCUCAAUUGGAUCACAGGAAUUCUUCCGCUUAAAUUCGUUGGAGUUCUUGGUAUCAUCAAUUCAAUCAUGGUUCUUUGGGUUUUUGGCUAUGGAUCUCUUGUAUGGAAUCCAGGAUUUGACUUCGAUGAGAAAGUGAUAGGUUUCAUUAGAGAUUAUAGACGUGUGUUUGAUCUUGCUUGUAUUGAUCAUAGAGGUACACCUGAAAAUCCUGCUAGAACUCUCACGCUAGAGCCCAAAGAAGGAUCAAUUUGCUGGGGUGCUGCAUUUUGCAUCCGUGGAGGUCCUGAAAGAGAGAGAGAGGCCAUGGAGUAUCUGGAGAAGAGAGAGUGCGAGUAUGACCAAAAGACUAUUGUGGACUUCUACAAGGAUGAAGACUCCAUGGAACCCACAUUGACAGGAGUUUUAGUUUUCACAUCUACAUUUGAUAAAGUGCUAAACAAAUACUAUCUAGGACCUGCCCCCUUGGAGCAAAUGGCUAGCCAAAUUGCAACUGCAUCUGGUCCAUGUGGGAACAAUAGAGACUAUCUAUUCCGGUUGGAAAAGGCCUUGUUUGAUAUUGGCCACGAAGACGAUAUGGUGAUUGAGCUGGCAAACGAAGUGAGGAUUAUCCUUGGGAAGGUUGGGAAGGUGGGGAUGGUUUUGAAGGACAAGAAGAAGCCGAUUGGACCGACGACGACUCACCUGCCAUUCAUGUCCUUCAUCUCUGGUGUUCAGGUGCAUCCGAUGGUAGAUGCCACCGUUGCCAUGGAUUCUUAGCAAUUAUCGACUGAUUGAUGUAGUGAAAAAGGUGGAAAGUUAAGCUAACUCAAGAGCUAAGAAGAUUAGGCAUUUGGAUUUUUAUUGAUUGCCACGCUUCUUUCUUCGGCACUCUCUCAUUCAAGCUUCUUUGAUUCAUUUAUAAUUUACACCGCUGUUUCUGAUAUGACCCCAAUUAGGUUUGUUGUUCUUUUACGUACUUAGAGCUGUAUCAGCACCUAGGUUUUGCCCCUUUUAAAGAUUAAAGGUUUCCUUACACUUCCCAUUUCUUCCAUUAACGAGCUUUCUUUCAUCGUUGGAAUUACUUAGUGCAUUGGGUACUAACAGUUGAAUGUACACUCUAUGUUAUGGAAAAUCAAAUUACCGUUUGUUUGCUCAA